AGCCUUCUGGGAACUCACAACCUGGGCCGGGUCCACUACGAGCCCAUCAAGGACCGCCACGGCAACGUGCUUCUGGUGACCAUCCACGACACGGAGAGCCAGCACUCGCUGUUCAGCGGGAAGUGGAUGCAGGUGACCAAACUGCAGAGCCAGAGGAAGUCUCUGUCCACGCCCGAGGAGCCGUACGCCCUCGACAUCCUCAUCAUCACCAUCCAAGACAUUUUGGCGUACCAGCGGCGCAGCACUCACCGGCUGGCCCCGGGUCUCUACCUGGGCUUCCUGAAGCUCAGCAGCUCUGUAGACCAGAUCAAAGUCCUGGUGUCCCAGCGGACCCCCAACAUGCUCUGUCACUCCCGCAUACGAGACAACGCCAACGUCUCCAG